CCGCUUCCUUUGAGAACCUGAGCCGUCCCCUCGCUCUCCAGAUUACGGUGCGGGAGGACCGCCGCCGCCGCCGCGGUCAGGGCCCCGCGCCGUUUGGUCCCCGGCCGCGGGCUCGCCCCGCGCCCUGCUCCGUGCGGGGCUGAUGGAUGGGGUUUUUUGAGUGUUUCCCCUUCCCGGUCCGCGCCUCCUGACUGAAAGGCCUGGCGCGAGGCUCUGCGCCCGUGCGCUCUUCGUCUCUUCCCCCACCUCCACCUGCCCGGCCGCGGGGAUGGCCCGCCGGUGACCGCCCAGCGCGCCGACCCCGCACCCUGCCGGCCGGGGCCGCCCUGAGCCCGGCUCCCCCGCCGCGACCUCCUCCCGCCCGCGUCCCCAGCUCCCCGGAGCCGGAGGCCCCGCCGGCGAAGAUGUGGCUGAAGCUCUUCUUCCUGCUCCUCUAUUUCCUGGUCCUGUUCGUGCUGGCCAGGUUCUUCGAGGCCAUCGUGUGGUACGAAACUGGCAUCUUCGCCACCCAGCUGGUGGAUCCGGUGGCGCUGAGCUUCAAGAAGCUGAAGACCAUUCUGGAGUGCCGGGGGCUGGGCUACUCGGGGCUGCCCGAGAAGAAGGAUGUCCGGGAGCUGGUGGAAAAGUCAGGUGACCUGAUGGAGGGUGAGCUCUACUCUGCUCUCAAGGAAGAAGCAGCAUCUGAAUCUGUUUCUAGUACCAAUUUCAGUGGUGAAAUGCACUUCUAUGAGCUUGUAGAAGACACGAAAGAUGGCAUCUGGCUAGUUCAGGUCAUAGCGAACGACAGAAGUCCCUUGGUGGGUCGAAUUCACUGGGAGAAAAUGGUCAAAAAGGUAUCAAGAUUUGGAAUACGUACAGGCACUUUUAACUGUUCCAGUGAUCCCAGAUACUGCAGGAGAAGAGGCUGGGUCCGCUCCACGCUCAUUAUGUCUGUUCCACAAACGAGCACUUCUAAAGGGAAGGUCAUGCUUAAAGAAUAUAGUGGACGCAAGAUCGAAGUAGAGCACAUUUUUAAAUGGAUAACUGCUCACGCAGCUUCUCGGAUCAAAACCAUUUAUAAUGCUGACCAUUUGAGAGAAGAAUGGAAUAAAAGUGAUCAGUACUGGGUAAAAAUCUACCUAUUCGCUAACCUUGACCAACCACCAGCUUUCUUCUCUGCACUAAGUAUAAAGUUUACUGGAAGAGUGGAGUUCAUCUUUGUCAAUGUGGCAAACUGGGACAACACGAGCUCCAUGACGGAUAUUGGUGUGCACAGCAUGCCGUCGUACAUACUUAGAACUCCUGAAGGAAUCUACAGAUACGGAAGCCACGCGGGCGAGUUUAUAUCGCUUCAGGCCAUGGACUCAUUUUUGCGCUCAUUACAGCCUGAAGUGAAUGAUCUGUUUGUUUUGAGCUUGGUUCUAGUCAAUCUUAUGGCUUGGAUGGACUUAUUUAUUACACAGGGAGCUACCGUAAAGCGAUUUGUGGUUCUCAUAAGCACUUUAGGGACAUACAAUUCUCUAUUAAUUAUUUCCUGGCUACCUGUGUUGGGCUUUUUACAGCUCCCUUACUUAGAUAGCUUUUACGAAUACAGCUUGAAAUUGUUGCGAUAUUCCAAUACAACCACACUGGCUUCGUGGGUCAGGGCAGACUGGAUGUUCUAUUCUUCACACCCAGCCCUGUUUCUCAGUACAUACCUUGGACACGGUUUGCUCAUCGAUUACUUUGAGAAGAAGAGACGGCGCCACAACAGUGAGGAGGUCAACGCCAAUAACUUAGAGUGGCUGUCGAGUCUGUGGGACUGGUACACCAGCUACCUCUUCCACCCGAUUGCUUCCUUUCAGAACUUCCCCGUGGAAUCCGAUUGGGAGGAAGACCCUGACCUGUUCUUGGAGCGGUUAGCGUUCCCUGACCUUUGGCUUCACCCUCUGAUCCCAACUGAUUACAUAAGAAACUUACCAGUGUGGCGGUUUAAGUGUCUUGGACUCCAGUCUGAAGAGGAAAUGUCAGCGAGUUCCCAAGACUCUGAGAAUGACUCAGACAGUGGGAGCACAGACUCUUCGGGCAGUGAGAAGGAAGCGUCUGAAGAUCAGCAAAGCCUAGCUCACGGUUCCCCAGGGGGAGCGAGUCGCCGUGAUGCGGAGGCUUGUUCAUGUGCCAGUAAAUAUUGUCAGACCAGCCCCUAUGAACGGAAGGGGAGGGCGUACGGAUCAGACGGCACAAGUGAAGACGUGGAACCUGACUGGUUAACCUGGCCUGCUGACAUGCUGCACUGUACUGAAUGUGUUGUUUGCCUAGAGAAUUUUGAAAAUGGAUGCUUGCUAAUGGGCUUGCCCUGUGGUCACGUGUUCCAUCAGAAUUGCAUUGUGAUGUGGUUGGCUGGGGGCCGACACUGUUGCCCUGUUUGCCGGUGGCCUUCUUACAAAAAAAAGCAGCCAUAUGCAGCACACCAGCCCCUGUGAAAUGACGUCCAUCUUAACCAGGUGCAAUGUGUCCUUUAUGAGCUUGGAGUAUCUUACAGCUUGCCUUUUUAAUGUUAGUCACAAUGUUUUUGUGGUUUGAAGUUUAGUUUAAUGUUAGUGCAGUGACAGGAAAUACACAUUAUGCUAAUGUUGAUGACAGAAUUUAUUUGGUUGCCUUGUGUCAAUUGAAUGCAUACUUACUGUAAAAAUUUUUAUUUACAACAUUGGAAAUUCAGAAGUUAAUGUUUUUUGUAAGCACAAAAGAAGUAUGAUAGAAAUUUAUCUUAGCAAGACUUAACAAGGUAGGAUCAGAUUCUAAUGGAAUUGAGCCGGUUUCUUAUCCUUAAUGUUUCUGCCCUUUUUACAAUCUCUGUCCAGCACCUCUUGGUUAAAUAAUGUAUGCUCUGAAAAAUGAAAUCAAAACAGACCUAUGAAAUAAAUUAUUUUAAAACCAAAAGA